AUGCGCAAAUACUCAGUUGCCCAGAUCCUCGGCUUCAUUCUCUCCUUCUUUAUCCCGCCCCUUGCCAUCUGGUUCACCGAAGGCUUCCAGAUUGACUUCUGGAUCAACGUCAUUCUCUGCUUCUUCGGCCUCAUUCCCGCCAGCAUUCAUGCGACCUACGUCUGGAUAGUGUGGAUCGAGCGGAAGUGGGUCACUCAUCAUGGGGAGGAGGUCACGAGUCACCCAUUCCUCGUCUUCAGCAAGGAGUUUGAACGGCGGAGUCGAUGGCGAGGCAAUGGACAAGACGGCUUCUUCGGCUACUUCGACGACAAUAUCAAGGGCGCACACGGACACAAUAUGGUGGGCGGAGACGUCGAUCCGGAGCAGGCACGACCGAUACAGUCGUAG